UUUUAUGUCAACACUGUGUUGACGUUCACCAGUGACGUGUACAGAUUUAUUUUUGUUUUCAUCGGGAGUAUUUUUUAUUAUCAUGUUGGAUUUUGUCGUAAUUUUUAGUAAAGGAGGCAUUGUAUUGUGGAAUUGCAAUACAACAGGGGAAAAUGUAACCCCUUACAUCAAUACUCUUAUACGAAGCGUUAUAUUAGAAGAACGCAGCACGGAGUCGAAAUAUUUCGAAGAAGACAAUUUUGCCCUCCAAUUUAAGUUGGACAAUGAACUGGAGUUGGUUUUUGCUGUCGUUUAUCAGAAGAUCAUAAAGCUACCAUACGUGGACAACUUUCUAAUUGAAUUGCAAGAUGCAUUUAAAAACAAAUUUGGUGAUGAACUAGCUUCUUCUCAGAGAUUUUCUACGAAGUAUGAAUUUGAAAGGGAGUUUCGAGCCACCUUGUCAGCGGCCGAGAAUGCCGCCAAACAGACCAGUAAAGCCCCAAAGGCCAUGCGUUCCUUUAAUGAGUCCUUGAAGUCUAAGAAAACGGUAGCUUCACUAAUUGAAAGUCCUGCUGACAACAAAGCUAAGGAUCAACAUAAGAAGCAGGUAAAUAUUAUGGAAAGUCCCAAACCAACUGUGGAAGAGAAAGGCAUUUCGAAUGCCGACAUAAUUAUGGAGAAUCGCAAAAAGUUGAUGGGAAAAAUGGCUGGCAAAAAAAGCCCCCCAGAAAAUAAAAACAAAGCUGAAAAAGAAAAGGCGGGUAAAAAGCCAAGGGUUUGGGAUUUAGGUGGUAAUUCGAAAGAUGCUGUAGUUCUUGAUCGUUCUAAAGAUCAACCUGAAGAUGUGCAAUACAGAAAUAUUCAGAACGAUAUUGUUGGUACGAUGCAUGGUAGUAUUCGAGACUUGGAAGUAGAAAGCGACGACGAUGAAGUGACAGAAGACAAUGAAAUACUGCAGUAUUCAAAGUCGGACAAUAAGAAAAAAUCUGGCAUAUUGUCGUACUUCAAGGGGUUCGUGGGCGGCAAAACCUUGUCGCGGACAGAUCUUCAGCCGGCUUUAGAAAAAAUGCGUGAUCAUCUGAUUUCUAAAAACGUUGCGGCGGACAUUGCACACAAACUUUGCGACUCCGUGUGUACAAGCUUGGAAGGCAAAUCGGUCGGUACAUUUGAUUCAGUCGCUACAAUGGUUAAAGAAGCCUUAAGCACUUCUUUGGUGCGUAUAUUAUCUCCCAAGCGUCGUGUCGAUAUUAUACGCGAUGCGCUAGAAGCUAAGAGAAAUAAUAGACCGUAUACUAUAAUUUUCUGCGGUGUCAAUGGUGUUGGCAAAUCUACGAAUUUGGCCAAAAUAUGUUUUUGGUUAAUAGAAAAUGAUUUUAAUGUUUUAAUUGCUGCUUGCGACACCUUCCGUGCUGGAGCUGUAGAACAACUGAGAACACACACACGUCAUUUAAAUGCCCUACAUCCGGCAGAAAAACAUGGCGGUCGCACUAUGGUUCAACUAUAUGAGAAGGGAUAUGGCAAGGAUGCCGCUGGAAUCGCAAUGGAAGCUAUAAAAUUCGCCCACGAUACAAGAGUCGAUGUUGUUUUAGUUGACACAGCGGGACGAAUGCAGGACAAUGAACCAUUGAUGCGUUCGCUGGCCAAGCUCAUUAAGGUAAAUGAUCCCGAUCUUGUGCUUUUUGUUGGCGAAGCAUUGGUUGGCAAUGAAGCUGUUGAUCAGCUGGUGAAGUUCAAUCAAUCUCUCGCUGACUAUUCCUCCGACGAAAAUCCCCACAUCAUUGACGGUAUUGUAUUAACGAAGUUCGAUACUAUUGACGACAAAGUGGGAGCGGCCAUUUCUAUGACCUACAUUACCGGGCAGCCCAUCGUUUUUGUUGGAACUGGCCAAACAUAUUCGGACUUAAAAGCUAUCAACGUAAAUGCUGUUGUCCACUCCCUUAUGAAGUAGAACAAAUUGUUUUUUUUUUUUGUUUAUUCUUCACUACUGACUUAAUGUUUUGUUUUGUGAAUUAUAUUUGUACAUUUAUUAAAAAAGAUUUAGUACUAUAAAUACAUAUUUUCUUAAAAAAUAUAAAACAAUCUUAAGUCUA